CACAACCAAGAUGUACCUACUCCGCUCAAAAGCUAAUUUCCCUAAAAUCAGUUUUUUUAUCAGUUUUUGAACUGUAAUUAUAAUAAUCUGAGUCAUUGACUCAUUGAAUGCACAUUUCAGAUUUUGUCAACAUCAGAUAUUUCACUUUUGAAAAACACAGUAAUUACAUGAGAUAGUUUAUUUGCAAAAACAGAACAUGAUGUAAUAUAAGAUGUUACCCUUUCCUUUUAGAUCAUGGCUGAUCAACAGGAUGAACUCCGUGCUUUACUAAAGGAUUCUGGUGAACCGACCUGGGAGCGGGCCAUUGCCAAAGCCAGAGAGAUGGUGGAUAGGUUAGAUCAUGUCACCCUCAACAUUGCUGUGACCGGGGAGACUGGGGCAGGAAAGUCCUCCUUCGUUAAUGCCAUCAGAGGUCUUCAAGAUCCUGAUGAAGGAGCUGCACCCACUGGAGUCACAGAAACCACCAUGGAGCCCACCAUGUACCCCCACCCAACCAUGCCCAAUGUGAACUUAUGGGACCUGCCAGGUGUAGGGAGCUCAAAGUUCAAAGCAGAAACCUACAUGAAAGAUGUAAAAUACAACAACUAUGACUUCUUUAUCAUAGUAAGUGCAUCAAGAUUCAAAUACAAUGACAUGAUGCUGGCAAAAGAAGUCGAGAAAAAUAAUAAGAAAUUCUACUUUGUUCACACAAAGACUGACUUUGAUGUAGCACAAGAAGAGAAAAAGGGAGUAACAGAGGAGGCAACACUUCAGAAAAUACGGAAAGACUGUGUGGAAAAUCUCAGAACAUUGGGACCCCCUUCUGUCUUUCUCAUCACAUCCCAUGACCUGGAAAGGUUUGACUUCCAGGAACUGAUAAAUAAUCUGGAAAGAGACCUUCCAGAUAACAAGAGAGAUGCUCUGGAUAUGAGUUUACCUGUUUAUUCCAGGCAGUCUCUUGAAAAGAAAUACAAUACAUUCAAGCAUGAAGUAAGGACUGUGGCCCUCACAUCAGGUGCCAUGGCGGCAGUCCCAGUACCAGGUCUGGCACUAGUAUGUGAUGUUGCCAUAGUAGCUGGCUUUCUCAUCAAAUGCUACUAUUCAUUUGGUCUAAAUGAUGGGACCCUUGAAAGGCUGUCAAAGAGAGUAAACAAGCCAAUACAGGAAAUG